UAAUAAAUUAGUAAUUUGACAGCUAUAAUUUUGAGAUUACCUUAUUGAUUUACAUAAACUAUUUAGCUUAUCAUAUCAAUAAAUUGUGGUUCAGAUUUUUCUUAAACUAAUUUUAAUUUACAUUUAAACAAUGUGGGCUAAAUUAGCGUUAGUGAUUUACUUAAUAAUCAUUGUCGAUGGCAAUUCUCAAGAGUGGAAAGAAUUUAAAGCCAAGCAUGCGAAAACUUAUCCAACAAAAACCGAAGAAGCCCGUCGCUAUAAAAUCUUUAAAUCUAACGUUGAAUCUAUUAAGGAACAUAAUUUAAAAUACGAAAGGGGCGAAGUAACUUGGUACCAAGCAAUAAACCAUAUGUCAGAUUGGACUGUUAAGGAGUUUAGGCAACUUUUAGGAGCAAUGCCCUACAAUCACACCAAAAACGAGAAGUUUCAUGUGCCAUCAGGUGUUAAAGUUCCUAGCUCUAUUGAUUGGAGAGAUUAUGGAGUAGUCACAGAAGUACAACAACAAGGGAGCUGUGGAGCUUGUUGGGCAUUUAGCGUCGCAGGCGCACUAGAAGGAUUAUACGCCUUUAGAACUGGACAGCUUCUACAACUUUCUGAACAAAACCUUCUGGAUUGUGCCACUGCCGCAAAUGGAUACGACUGUAAUGGUUGUAGCGGUGGAGUUCCUCAGUCAGCUUUGCAAUACGUCCAGGACAACGGAAUUGAUUACUAUGACGAAUACCCCUAUGAAGAAAUAGAAGAUACUUGCAGACAACAGCCUCCUGUUCUCCAAAUUUCUGGCUAUACAAGUACAGUUCAAAACGACGAAAAUAAUUUACUUGAUGCUGUAGGUAGUGUUGGUCCAGUAUCUGUAUGCAUUAAUUGCGAUCUUAUAAUGAACUAUGGUGGUGGAGUUUUCCAAGAUAGUAGCUGUUCUCAAACUAUUAACCAUGCAGUGUUAGCUGUUGGUUACGGUUCUGAAAAUGGUUUAAAUUAUUGGCUAAUGAAAAACUCUUGGGGAACCUCUUGGGGAAUAGAUGGAUACAUAAAGAUGGUCAUGGGACAAAAUAUGUGUGGCGUAGCUUCUCAGCCUUGCUACCCCUACUUGUAGCUUACUAUUGUUUUAUUUUAUUUAAAAAUAAAAAAUAAAUAUGCUUACGAAAUAAAAAAAAUAGAACUUAACCUAUAUGUUAUAAAUAAAAAAAAAUAAAAAAACAUAUGUUAA